AUGAGUUCAGAAAGUAAUUUCUCGUUGAAAUUCCGCCGCCCGUCUAGCAAAUUGCACAAGGAUCCCCCUAGCUUCAGUUCGCGCAUUCUUCGGAGUCAUCAAAGCACUACCUCGCUCAAACGUCACCCCUCCGCCCCCGUUUAUCCACGCUCCUCUCCUAGUGGCAGUCGAGAGCACGUCCGGUCGCGCUCUAACGCUGCCUUUGGCUCCUCAUCUUCCUCGCUCGAACAGCAUAGCCAGCACAGCCAACAUAGCCAGCACAGUGGUGGGCCCUCCCCCGUCGUCGAUGAGGGGUCCUCGACCUAUUUCCCCGGUUUUAGCAGCUCCUCGCGCUCCAGGACUCGAAGCUCCAAUCGCUUUUCUUAUAAUGAACGCAAUUCGGAUGACCUCAAUAACUCAUCCUUUGAAACGCGGGGUAUGCUCAGUGCGCUUGAUGAGAAUAGCGCCGAGCCCGAUCAUCAACCCCAGCAGUAUCAAUCACAACCACAGCCACCGCCAUUGCGUUCUCAUCACACCAGUCCCGACGACCCACGAGGCCGCCAAACUCUCCGACAAUCAGCCAGCUUCACCGCCCUACCGAAUCGUUUGAUGGACUCCUUUGCGCAUCGGGAGACCGAGCGGUCUCACCAUGAUAAGCGCUAUUCUGAUGAAGUCAAUAACGGCGCCGCCAGCGCCGCCUCGGGCCCCCCCCUCCUCGGGCAGGAAGAAGCAAAAAGGCCAGCUUCUCCAACUGGUCAGUUCACUGGUCUGCCAAAGGAAUGGCAGCGGCUGUUGCAGGAAAAUGGUAUCUCCAAGAAGGAGCAGGAGGAACACCCGCAGACAAUGGUGGAUAUUAUGCGAUUCUACGAAAAGAACACACGUGGAGAUGAUGAUGAGGUCUGGCACAAGUUCGACAAUGCAUCAUACAAGCCCACGAUAACGACGACGACGACAACUACACCCGCGACGGGAACCUCGCCACCCGGUAGCCCCCGAUUCCCGCAAAAUCAUGAAAGUAGUUUUGAGAACCCGCGAGCGCCGCCGCCAAUUCCUCGGGGUCCUCCCGCAGUAUCGCCAGCCGCCGCCAUGUCCCCGCCUCUGGGUAGUAUGGUCCCCCAUCGUGCGCCUCCAAAGCCCCCAACCGGCAUGACUCCAGCCCGCCCACCGCCGCAACCUCCCGUAUCGCAAAGCUUUACUGCUCUGCCGCAGCGACCUACUCAAGAUCCAUAUGGCGCAUCAUACGGGGCACCCCCUAUGCCCGAGACAGGACCCGUGAAAUCCGCAUCGCCCAAGCCCAGUCGCUCCAACUCUCGCAAUGGCGUCCCGGUCCCCAAGCACAAUGUGAUCGACUCUCCGACACAAUACCAGCAGCAACAGGAGCAGGUCAUGGCGGCUGCUCAGCAAGCAAUUGCUUCGAAGCAGCUGGAUCGGAGUACGAGCCAGCGCACCCAGCAGCAGCCUCCUCAGCCUCCGCCUUUGGCUACCAACUUUAGCCCUUCAUCCGCGGAUCCGUCGCCAGCUUCAGCGUCUCCCAGCACUCGCGCUCCGCCUGCCGCCCGCCCACGACAACGCCAGCAGCGUCAGAGCACGGUCAUGGAUGUGCGCCAGCGUCUACUUCAGAUUUGCCGUCCCGGCGAUCCUACUCAAUUGUAUCACAGCUUGAACAAGAUUGGCCAAGGUGCUUCCGGUGGUGUCUACACCGCGUAUGAGACGGGUACCAACAACUGCGUGGCUAUCAAGCAGAUGAACCUCGACCUCCAGCCGAAGAAGGACCUAAUCAUCAACGAGAUUCUCGUGAUGAAGGAUAGCAAGCACAAGAACAUUGUUAAUUUCCUGGAGAGCUUUUUGCAUGGGCUGGAUCUGUGGGUUGUCAUGGAGUACAUGGAGGGUGGCAGUCUGACGGACGUGGUCACCUUCAAUAUUAUGAGUGAAGGGCAGAUUGCCGCUGUUUGCCGUGAGACUCUGAGCGGUCUUCAGCAUUUGCAUUCAAAGGGUGUCAUUCAUCGUGAUAUCAAAUCAGAUAACAUCCUGCUCUCGCUAGAGGGUAACAUCAAACUGACCGAUUUCGGUUUCUGUGCCCAGAUCAACGAUUCCCACAACAAGCGCAACACCAUGGUCGGUACCCCGUACUGGAUGGCGCCCGAGGUCGUCACUCGCAAAGAGUACGGUCGCAAGGUUGACAUCUGGAGUUUGGGUAUCAUGGCCAUUGAAAUGAUCGAGGGCGAACCACCUUAUCUGACCGAAUCGCCACUCCGCGCCCUCUACUUGAUCGCCACAAACGGAACCCCCAAGAUCAAGGAUGAGCAUCAACUGUCGCACAUUUUCCGUGACUUCCUCCACUUGGCCCUGAAGGUCGACCCGGAGAAGCGUGCUUCGGCUCACGACUUGUUGAAGCAUCCCUUCAUGGGCCUGUGCUCUCCACUCACUCACCUCGCCCCCCUAGUCAAGGCUGCGCGUAUCAGCCGCGCCCAAGAGAAAGCGCAGAAAGGCGGCGCUUAA